UAAGCCAAUUCGACUUGGAGCACUUUCGCUUAUCGGCCGAGAAGGGUCAUUGGAAAACUUUACCAGGCGUUCCUAAUAUCACCACAGGUAACCCACAAAACUGUUAUACUUCGAAAGAAAAAAACAAGAUGGCGGACGAAGAUGGUGAGGAGUCAAAAACUAUUUGAAUGCAGCUUAUUAUGCAUAUAUUGCACGAAUUUUGGUAGCUUUUUUGCUUAAUAAUGAAAUURCAUUUUACAGAAAUAAAGAAUUUCGUAGAAAAUCUUGUACAUCAAAAUAAGCCCGUGGAAAUUAUAAGAAGAUAUAUAAAGAAAAAAUUCGACAUCGAUUGGUCGAAAAGAACACUUCAAAGAUUUCAGAAGAAGCAUGGUGUUCAUCGUCAUGACCAAAAUCUUCUUCCUAAGGAUGUUAUGUCUGYCAUAUUGGUAGGUAAUAUUAUGUAGAAGGUCAGCAGGAACAGCACACUUGAAAGAGGGAUUAGGAUUGAUGAUGUCAUACACUAGAAAUAUGGUUAAAAACAGCUUACCCAAUUGCUACAAAAAAUUGCACUUCAUUUGUCUAAAAGUAGGAAAAGGGACUUUCAUACACCCAAUAGAUGCUCCUUUGUAGGCCUUGUCUUAGUUUAUUUUUUCUUCUCAUUUUUAAAAUUAUAGAAAUAAAUAAAAUGGGAGUGCCCAACAGCUUGGUUACAGAAUGAUGUGGACCAGACUAAGGAGGCAUGGUAUUCUUGCAAAAAGUUGCUGCUUGCAUGCAAGUUCUUGGGUUACAGAACCAAACACCAAUUCAGAGAAGAAAGCAUUACCCAAACUACUUUUCCAAGGUCCUCAAAUUUUUUGAGAAUGACUUCAGUCCCAAGGGAUGUGUGUGUGGCACAACACUAGCUUUGCAUCCACGCAAAUUCCUGGAGUAUUGCAAGUCAGUCAAUGAAGAUAUAACUGGGAUAACUGAAAAUUCCAUAAGAGCAUUUGUGAAAGUCAAUAACAUUGGGUGUAUUGGUAAGAAAAUGCGAUUCAGAGGAGAGGGAGUGAUGACAACCGCCAUCCAUUUUUCAAAAAAAUGGAUGCCAGUGGAUGCAAUCAAGAAAUUAGAUGAAAAAUUUGGAACAAGAAAGAAAGGAAGAGAAGAGGAUGCAGACAGUGUGAUCGUUGGGGCAGUUGGAGAAAUUUCGGAUUCUGGAAGUAUGAAAAGACCAAAAGCCAGAAUCUCGUCGCGACUAGCUACCAAGAGAAAGAGAUGAGUAUUUCCAAGAAACAAGAAAGUUUAGGCAACAUCGCAAGACUUUGAAUCGUGCAAGCAAAUCGUAGAGUAUUCAACCUUAGUAGAUUCUAUAUACCAGUGUCGUACCAAUAUUUUGUACAUUCACAGCUGCCAAUAGAAAGAAACAAGAAAGCUUAGAGAACAUCGGUAAUUUGAUUGUGGAGAAGUCAAUUUUAGUAGAUUCUAACGAACAGCGUGGAAACAAUUUGAAAUUGAAAAUUGAAUAAAUGCACGAAACGCACACGGAUCAGUACUAUAUAAAUAGCACAAAAUAGUAAAUUGUUACGAUUGAGCCAUAAAUAAAUGGGCGGCUAGUUGGAGCAACAAAAUUCCCUGAUGAUAUUUAUUCGAUAAGUUUGGUAUCGCAAUUCCCAUAUUUUUCAAUUCAAAGAUAAAGGAAAAGGCGACAAUUGUAACGAUUUGCUUUGGAUGCAAUGUAAAAGAAUUAUGCUCGAGUACAUUUUGGAGUUUGCGAAACAAACGUCAGCUUAUUAUUAUUAUUUUUUUAAGUUAUUAUGAUUGUAUUGAGAGAUUAUUGCUGUGAUUAAAUUCUAAUAAAAGACUGAUUCUAUUCUCUUGAGAGAAAACAA